AUGUCUACCAUCCUCAUCUCCGGCGCCAACAAAGGAAUUGGCCGUGCCCUCAUCGUAAAAUACCUCGCCCGCGAAAAUGUAAAUAUACUCGCAGCAGUCCGCAACCCAACCUCAUCAGAGACAACCUCCCUCUCUACCCUUCCAACAGGGAACAGCAGCCGAUUGAUAACCGUCAAAAUCGAUGCGAGCUCCAACACCGAUGCCAUCGACGCAGUGAAAACCCUCUCCGGCAAAGGCAUAACCUGCCUCGACGUCGUCAUCGCCAACGCAGGAAUCUUCGACUUGGAAGCCUUUACCACCGUAGCCGAGUCAUCCAUUGAACAGAUCCAGGCUCACCUAGAUGUGAACACUCUCGGGCCUGUCCGCCUAUUCCAGGCUACGCUGCCUUUAUUGCAGAAGUCAUCGUCUGCGCGCUUUGUCUUGAUGAGUAGCUUGAUGGGGACGAUUGGUGGUAUCAGGAAUAUCCCGCUUGCUCUUGCGCCUUAUGGUGCCAGUAAAGCUGCUGCGAACUUGUUUGUUCGGAAGAUUAAUUAUGAGCAUGAGGGAAUUGCUACUUUGUCUGUUCACCCUGGGGGUGUCAAGACGGACGCUGGAAAUGAGGCUGCGAAGGCCGCCGGAUAUCCUGGUGCUUCUGUUGAGGUUGAGGAUAGUGUUAAUGUUAUUAUUGCUAAGGUUGAUGGGUUGACGAAGGAGAAUGGGGCUGGGGAGUUUUGGGGUUAUGAUGAUUCUAUUAUCGGGUGGUAG